UAAACCCAGCAUGAGAGCUCAUGCAUUAGUUUUUUUAGUAAUUAUUAUAAUUAUAAUUAAUGUCGACGCUGGGAGGGAUGUUGGUCCGACGAUUCUUCCAAAAUCGAGACGGCGUAUGAGCUUCUAUCGCGUACCCACUAAACAUCGUCUUGCACUUCGUAGCAUCGAAGAUGAUAUUCAACAAAGCAUGUAUAGCAUGCAGUCGUCUAUCCGGAAAUUCAAAAUUGAUAUCCAUACGUUGCAGUCCCAGUACUUACCUUUAAUUCAAACGUUUGAAAAUCUUUUGGAUAAAUGUGAAGCUAUGAAUAUACAAGUACCAGUAACUCCACCACCAGAUAAUAACGGUGACCAGCAAACGAAACACAUCAAGCACCACCAUCACCACCAUCACCAUCGCGAAACUCAUCAUAAACAUAAACAUGAAAAACAUACACACACCGAGCGACAUGAAUCUGUAGAUCAGACUAGAUAAUCAGCGGUGGCCUGUGUCGAAGUCUUUAGGCAAGGGUCCCACGUUAUACCCAUAACUUACCCACUUAAGUACAAUAUUUACUUGUACAGUCACCGGCAUAAAGAAGUAAUGUUUUCUGUACCUUGUCGCCUUUAAUCGUUAGACUAUUUCGUACAACAUUUUAAACAAGACGUUAAUAUGACAAGGUACAGAAAUCAUCACUUAUUUUAUGCCGGUGCCUGUAUCUAUCUCGUAACCUGUCAAAGGGUCAUUAACGCAAGCGAGUGAGACUUUGUGCUUGGAAGCGAUACAUUUAAUAAUAUUCAAUCUCGCAUCUCAAUAUAACCGUGGCAAUGCAAAAAA